UGCUGGCGGAAUGUUUGAGGCGGGCUCUUCAGGGAGACCCAGGUGUCGGGACAACGUCCAUGGGCCGCUAGUCCUUAUCUCUACACUGUUAUAACACAUCAGCAUUACUCGCUGCUGAGCCAUUUUGGUCGCAGGGGCAGACCGUGCAGCUCUCUGUGUGUGAGUGGAAGAAAGAAGAAGAAGAAGAAGGAUCCUACGCGGAAGUUGUUGGAUGGCAGCUGCUGUUUUCCAGAAGUUGACAAUGAAGAGCAGCUUUUUGUUGCUGCUGCUGUUCGCAGCUUUCACUUGUGGACUCGCACAGGGAGCAGACGAUGAAGCGGAGGAGCUGCAGGUGGAGACCCUGGUGAAACCAGAAACUUGCUCUGUACUUUCCAGCAUGGGAGACACGCUGCAAAUCCACUACACGGGUAAACUGAUGGACGGAAAGGUGAUCGACUCAUCACUAUCUAUGGACCCUCUCGUGGUGGAGCUGGGGAAGAGGACGGUAAUCGCCGGUCUGGAACAAAGCUUGGUUGGCGUUUGUGAAGGGCAAAAAAUCAAAGCCACUAUUCCAGCUCACCUUGCAUAUGGAAAGAAAGGUUACCCUCCUACGAUUCCAGGUGAUGCUGCCCUUGAGUUCGAGGUGGAGGUGGUUUCUCUGACGCAGCAGACACCGUGGCAGAAAAUGGUCAAUGACGUGCUCCCCCUCGUGUGUUUGGCACUGGUGCCCACUUUGCUCGGCUUGGUGGGACUUUACCUCUACAGAAAGGCCAAUGCCGAGAAGCCCAGCAAAAAGAAGGCAAAGGAUAAGAAGGCCAAGAAGAAAUAAGGACAUGGCACAGAACUAUUUAAAUAAAAUUUUUAAAUUGUA